AUGCGUGGUCUCCUCAAGGAUAUGGUGGACAUGCCCAUGGAUAUUCUUUACGAGAUAUUUGGACAGCUCAACCCCAUCGACCUCCUGCAUCUCGCUCGGACGACCAAGGCUCUGCGCGGCAUUCUCAUGAGCCGUUCCUCAAUGUCCGUAUGGAAGGAAGCUCGUUCGAACGUCACCGGACUCCCCGACUGCCCCGACGAUCUGAGUGAGCCACAGUAUGCUGAGCUGGCGAUGGGAAAAUGCUGCUAUGACUGCCAGCGCAACCUGAGCACCCACCAUAUCGUGUGGUCCGGACGAGUUCGUUAUUGCACGAAGUGUCUCGAGAAACGCUUUGUUCCCAAGGAGAACUCGUUUCCGUAUUCACGCGGGUACCCAGAGGAACUAGCCCGCUUGCUUCCCAGUGUCGUGGUUAGCAAGAGACAAGGUGGCUAUACUCGCAAGAAAGACAUGUUCUCCCUACCAACUGACAGGCGCUGGCGUGAGGAAUAUGCUGCCUUGAAGAGCGCUGAAGAGAAGUCAAAGUGGUUGAAGGAAAGAGUAAACGAGCGGAGGCCUAUGGUGAAACAUGCCGAGGAGUGCGCAGUCUGGUACUCCCGACUCUUGCAAAAUCGCGAAGCCGAAAAGGCUUCUAUAAUUGAAGAACGCAAGGCUCUUGUCGUGGAGCACCUAAAGAAAAUGGGGUGGCAGGAAGAGCUCGACCUCAGGUCCUCCAUACACGAUCCACCGCAAGAGGACCCCGUCGUCGUUAAGGCCUGCCAAAAGGAAAUAAAUGAACGCGUGCUUGCAAGUUUAGAGGACCAUUUGAAUGAAAUCAUGGAGAGCCUCAAGGAGAAACGCAUUGCUCGUGAGAAGAAAGUCCUGUAUCAAGAUCGCUUGACUCUGUUGAAGAGGGUGUACGAGGUCUACGUGGAAACCCUCCCAGUCAACUCAGUUCAUCCCAACACGGCGGAUUUGUUCAGCAACCCUGUCGUCCGCGACAUCGUCCUCAGCGAUCCUCGUAGCGCGGAGUUCACGGAAGACAACCUAGAAGUUGUUCAACAAUCGUUUGAGCAACUCGUUGCACAGUGGCGAAAAGAUGUGGACACCAUGUUGAUCGACCUCAUCAAGAAAUCAUGCCCAGAAUAUGAAUUCGACCCCGCCACAGUUCUCCAUCUAGCUACAUCCAUUUUCUCCUGCAAUGGAUGCUCCCACCAUGGUGAAUACACCAGGCACAGUUCCAGCAUGUCGCCUAGUGUAGCUCUCGCGCACAGGUGCGCCAGACAGAUGGGUUAUAGCUAUGAUGACUCUGUCGACCCCGAAACGCGAGCAGCGCAGGCCGCAAUUAGUCAAGUUACGUGGAACUUUACCAAGAGGAUAUUUUUCGAUGCGAAGACCCUGCCUGUGAUGACCCACCUGGUUGAGUUGUGCGGACUCGACGCAGCGCGGGCAACUGCCAAAGAGCUUGACGAGCUUGAUCCCAUCUUCGAAUGUCUUACAUGCAACAAUCCUCGCACAGGACGCGCGACGAUUCGCUGGUCCUACGCUAUGGUCCACAUCAACGAUGACCAUGGCAAGUAUGGAUCAGCCCAGGGCAAGGAACCCGAAUGGGUCUUACUUGAUGGCCAUGAAGCCACCCUCGUUAGAGAGCGCAUGCAAGAGAACCAAGAGCGAGCUCGGGCACAGCCCAAUGCUGACGUUAUGAUAUGCCGCCACUGCAAGAGGAAGAGCAACAGUGUGGAUCUUCCAAAGCAUAUUAAGGCCAACCACCAGCGGUCAGAGGUAACAGAUGAGGACUUUGUCGUGGACAUGCUUGAGAAGCCUAUCUCCUUGUACCGUCUGUGGCCCCCUCGGCCUGAGAAGGAGAAUCCCCCGCCUGUCGAGACCGCGAUGGAUACGAAUUGA